CCCGGCGGGCGUGUGAAUCCGGGCUGGGCCAAGGCCGCCAGUGAGUGUGAUGGAGCAUCGCCUCUUCCUCCAGGUUUCCAGUGCCCGCCCUGACAGUCCUGACAGGCAGACUUUGGCCGGGUCCUGCCCUCACUUCCGUCCGUGGGGCCGAUCACAAUGAUGGGGUCAGCAACUUCUAGUCACGGGGCUAAGAAGACAAGGAAGGGGAAAUGUUUCACAACAGGGGACAAGAUGGCCACUGGGCCAAAUGGGCUCGACGAGUGGGUGGGCAGCGCAUACCUGUUUGUGGAGUCCUCGCUGGACAAGGUGGUCCUAUCUGAUGCCUAUGCUCAGGCCCAGCAGAAGGUGCCGGUGUACAGAGCUCUGCGGACUGCACUGACAGAGAGUGGCGGGAGCCCAGACGUACUGCAGAUGCUCAAGAUCCACCGCAGCGAGCCCCAGCUGAUUGUGCAGGUGCGUUUCCGCGGGCGCCAGCCCUGCAGCCGCUUUCUCCGCGCUUACCGCGAGGGGUCGCUGCGCGCCGCGCUGCAAGAGUGCUUGGCGGCGGCUCUCUCCCUGCACUCUGUGCCGCUGCAACUGGAGCUGCGCGCCGGCGCGGAGCGGCUGGACACCUUGCUGACGGAUGAGGAACGCUGUUUGAGUUGCAUCUUCGCCCAGAAGCCUGACCGGCUCCGGGACGAGGAACUCUCUGAGUUGGAGGAGGCGCUCCGGAAUCUGGCGUGCCGCUCGGGGACCCAGGGUGGCAACAGGGAGGUCGUUCCAGCGCCCUCGCAGUCCCUGGCUACCUCUCUCUCAGAGGAGAAGCCGCUGCCACCACCGCCGCCGCCGCCUGUCCAGACUUUUCUGUUCCAGGGUCAGCCCAUAGUGAACCGGCCGCUGAGCUUGCAGGACCAACAGACGUUUGCACGUUCAGUGGGUGUCAAAUGGCGCAAAGUGGGGCGCUCCCUGCAGCGAGGCUGUCGUGCGCUGCGGGACCCGGCGCUCGAUUCACUGGCCUAUGAGUAUGAGCGCGAAGGGCUGUACGAGCAGGCCUUCCAGAUGCUGCGACGCUUCGUGCAGGCAGAGGGCCGCAGGGCCACGCUGCAGCGCCUGGUAGAGGCCCUUGAGGAGAACGAGCUCACCAGCCUGGCAGAGGACUUGCUGGGCCUCACAAAUCCCGAUGGCAGCCUGGCCUAACCUGGGUACCAG